GUAGCUCAGUGGGGCCUUACCUGGCUAAAACAAUUUAAAAUGUUCAAAGUUAAAUAGUUUAUAGCUGCCCCGUAAAGUAAUGCUGAGCACGGUAGGAUACGACGCUCUGUGCGUGAUCCACCAACCCCACCUCACCACGCCCGUGUCUCCUUCCUCCACAGAGUCAUGUCGGAUGAGUUGGGGCCAGGGCCUCGCUCCCCCGCGUCUCCCCCAGAGCCCCCCCCUCCCGCCUCGCCCGGCCACAGUCCCGCCCCCACGCCACAGCAGGGCGGGCUGGAGGGGGCGCGCGUCCACCUGCACGAGAAGGAGCUGUGGGCGCGCUUCCACGACGCAGGCACCGAGAUGAUCAUCACCAAGGCGGGCCGCCGCAUGUUCCCGGGCCUGAAGGUGCGUGUGUCGGGCCUGUCCCCACGCACCAAGUACAUCCUGCUCAUGGACGUGUGUCCCGCCGACGGCCACCGAUACAAGUUCGCAGACAACAAGUGGAGCGUGAGCGGCAAGGCCGAGGCGGCGAUGCCCGGCCGCCUCUACGUGCACCCCGACUCGCCCGCACCGGGCGCCCACUGGAUGCGCCAGCUCGUCUCCUUCCAGAAGCUGAAGCUCACCAACAACCACCUGGACCCGUUCGGACACAUCAUCCUCAACUCGAUGCACAAGUACCAGCCGCGGCUGCACGUGGUGCGUGCCGACGAGGCCAACGGCUUCGGCUCGGGCCGCACGGCCUUCAGCACGCACGCCUUCCCCGAGACGGCCUUCAUCGCCGUCACCUCCUACCAGAACCACCGCAUCACGCAGCUCAAGAUCGAGAACAACCCAUUUGCCAAGGGCUUCCGUGGCGGGGAUGAACUGGAGCUGCAGAGGGUGGCACGGUUACACAGCAAGGAGUGCCCGGUCCUCCCGCGCUCCGUGCUUCGGCCCGGGAUACCCCGGGACCCCCUCGUCUCCCACGUCGUCAACUCGGGUUUCCAUGGCGACGAGAGGACACUGGUCCCACCCAUCGAUGGAGGAGGCGGUGGGGUUUACUUCACGGAAGCGAUCCCUAGAGGUGACUGCACGUACCGGGCGGCCGGCGGCCGCAAGCGCGGGGGGCCUCAGCGCGGAGGAGGAAGCGGCGGCAACGGUAACGGGGGCCUUCCCGCGACGCCGGGCCACGGCGGCCUCCUCGGCCAGCACCCGGCGUGCUUCCCCUGCGAGCCGGUGCAGGCCCGCCACGCCUGCAUGUACGCCACCGCCGCCGCCGCCGCCGCCGCCGCCGAGCUCGCGCCCGCCGUGGGCCCUCUCGCGCCGCCCGAGAUGUCGGCCUACGUCCGAGAGGGCGACGACGGUGACCGCUCGCACGGGCGGCCUACGUCGGACGGCUUGGGGUGGACGCCCGGCGGAGUCGGCGGGGAGAACGCCCAGUCGGCCGCCGCCGGUGGCCUCCACCACCCGGAGUGGAUUCCGGUCGCGACCGGAACGCCGUGCGAGGCCGCGUACCGAGGCUGCGGCGUCGGCGUCGACGCCGUGCCGGCCUCCGUCUACCGCCGCUGGGACGCGGCCACCGCGGCCGCCGCGGCGUUCGCCCAGGCAUGGGGCAACGGGGGCUCCGGUCCGGCCUGUGGCGGGCCGCAGCAGUACGGGCAGCAGCAGCAGCAGCAGCAGGCGGCGGGCGAAGGCCUCGCCUCGAUGAUGUUCCAGGAUGACGAGCAGUGCCAAGGCCUUGGCCACGAGGCUUCGCCCUGGGCGGCGGGCCUCGUCGGUUCGCCGUUCGGGUCAGGCCUCCCGCUGGCGGCAGCGGCGCCCGGCCUGGGGUCUCCGCACGACGGCGCUGACGUGGGGUUGUUUCUGCAGCAGAAUGCACGGAGUCUGAAAUGA